CUGCCGUAUCCCGUUUUUCGCGCACGCGGAACGCUCUCUUCCCAGGCUCUCCUGCGCUUCCCCUUGGUCCAUGACCUGGUUGAGCGGUCUGGUGGUUCGGAUUCAAUAUACGCUUCAUUCGGCUAAAUUACCUGCGUCCUCGUUGAAUUGGAGGCGAGCUGCCUUCCCCAUGGGACAAGUUCGAUACUGAGAGCCUCGCAUCUCUUGGCCCCGUCGACAGGAACCCCCCGAGUUGUCCGAGGCGCCACAGUUGUCCUCUGGCUACUGCCGUUCGGUGGCUCUCCUCAUUUAACUUCCGGGUGUGGUAUGUCUGGCAUGCUAGGGGUCGGCCCCCUCUAGAGGGUGCCACGGUCCGGCAAACGUCAAGUGUCAAAAUCGAGCCACCGGAAGCUAGGCGGACUUCCAAAGAUGGGCGGGCGAGCCACAGGCAAUGAACCUUCGGCCUGAAAAUGACACCAGUGCAGCUCCUCCACGACGGCCACCUCGCCCCCACCGGCUCAAUCCAUCACGGCAUCAUGCACAAUGGCGCCGGAUGUCGUGGAGAGGAGGGAAAACGUGCCGUGAUUUCAGCCCUCGCGAGCUAAUUCAUUGCCGGGGAGAGCUAGAUGCCGCCGGUCGGGGGAGAACACCCAACGCCAGUGACGAAAUGCCUCGCUUGUGUCAACCACCUGCCUUCUUGAGAAGACAGUUGCGCAUCUCGAGGGCUCAGCCCAUCAAAGCUGGCUUUCUCGAGCUCCAUCACGCUUCCGAGGGGCCGUAUCGAACAUGGCAUUAUCUCGCGUUUCCUUGCCGAUCCGAGCAUCGCGGCAGAUGGGCCGGGCUUCGACUGCGGUCGCUUUCCUCUUGCCAUUGCCCAUGUCGUAGAUCCGAGCGACCGGGGCAACGGCCAGUCGCGGCUCUGGCGCAAACCUCUCCAGUGAGGCAAGGGCUUUGGUGGAACGAGCAAGCGCCAGCCUCUGGGCGUUCCGAGGAGUCAAAAACGCGCUGCAUCUGUCAACCAACAGGAGCGCCAGCGCGAGGGGCCCGUCAAAGCCGUCGGUUCCAGGUUCCUGCCGCUUCGCAGCCGCCUCUCUCCACAACAAGGUUCACAUUUUUCGUUUGUCAUUAGGGCCCCAGGCGCGUGAGUGAUGAGAUGUCGCCGCCGGCAGCGAGACCGUCACGGGAGCCAAGGUGAUCACAUCGGAACAAGAAGCCGGCACAGUGCGGGCAGU